UGUUAUGAUCGAUUGAGUGCAGAUUCGAUUGGAGUAUGCAUAACAUUUACUCCAUUUAUUUCAAGUUCCAAGAAAUAUUUGACCCGGGCGGAAUUCUUGGCAGAACACCUACAACGCAAUGACACGACGCGGGGAUUGGAGUUCGUUCAAGCCAGCUCCGGCGCUUCAAGUAACGUCGGACAAAGUCUCAUUCUACCAAUGCGCGUUUAUAAGCGUGCAAGACACGUUGACAGACUUCCAAGGGCGUCACUACUUCGAGUCCUGUUACAUUGAGGGUGCCGCGGAUUUCAUCUGGGGCGGAGGCCAAUCCAUCUAUCAGGGCUGCAAGAUAAACGCAAGCACGGACAUCCUAGGUGGUGGAUUGGCAGGCUACAUCACGGCUCAGGGCCGCGAGAGCGCGGCGGACACUAGCGGGUACGUCUUCAACCAGGGUUCCGUGGUGGGUACGGGGCCUGUCUACCUUGGAAGGGCGUAUAGGCAGUACUCAAGAGUAGUGUUUUACAAGACAGAUCUCUCAAACGUUGUGGUGCCAAAGGGAUGGGACUCGUGGAGAUACGCCGGUCAAGAGGGGACAAUAACCUACGCAGAGUAUCAAUGCACCGGGCCUGGGGCAGACAUGUCCAAGCGAGUCAAGUGGGAGAAGACACUAUCAGGUGAGGAGUUACAGAGGUUGACCGAUGUCAACACAUUCAUAAAUCAAGAUGGUUGGUUGCAGAAGCAACCCUUUUAG